AUGUCUUCAUGGAUCGUAGCUUCUGUUGCUAUUAUUUCCACCUUCACCCUCCUCUUCACUUACUACAAGAUACUCCAACGCCUCUGUAGACGACUUCAGAGCACGGGCUGGUCGAGAAACCCGAACCUAAGGCCUGUACUGAACGAGUUCAACCUAGACGAUGCCAGGCUCGAGUCUCAGAGCAACGGACUGGACUUCUCGGUUGCUCGGUCUCUUCCCGUGACUCAGUUCAAGAAGAAAGAUGAAGCUGAGGAUGCCGAACAGAGCCCCGCCCAGAGCUACACAGACUGCGCAAUCUGCUUGGGGGAGUUCGAAGACGGGGAAUGGAUAAAAGAACUACCGAAAUGCUCCCAUGGAUUCCACAUUGCUUGCAUAAACACUUGGUUUGUGUCUCACUCAAACUGUCCCAUAUGCCGAUCACAGGUCCAUGAUCUGAUGCAUGAUUCUCCUCUUCCUACGCAAACUCCAGAAGAAACAUUGAGCCGAGAUGAAAUCGAAGAAAGUUCGACGCAUUUCGAAAUGCUGCAAUCCGCCACGAUGUGA